AUGGUUGAUCAUCGAAGAAGCUCACUGUUGUUGUCUUUAUUUUGUUUGGUACUUUCGCUCGACUGUGUAGUUGUUGUUGCGAAAUCACGGAUCCAGUUCGACGAGCGUCUCACUCUACUUCGUCUCAGGUCUACUCUCGGGUUACGAGGAACCGAUUGGCCAAUCAAAGGCGACCCUUGUCGUGUCUGGAGAGGGAUACAAUGUGAUGGUAACGGAAGCGUUGUCGGAAUCAACAUCUCAGGUUUCAGGAGGACAAGAAUCGGUAAGCAAAACCCGCGAUUCGAUGUUGAUCCACUUGUUAAUCUCACUCGCUUAGCUUACUUCAACGCGUCUGGAUUCGCGUUACCUGGUUCUGUUCCUGGUUGGUUUGGUGUUACCUUGUCGACGACAUUGCGUGUCUUGGAUCUUAGUUCUUGUUCCGUGAGUGGUGUUGUCCCUGUAACACUCGGUAAUCUCACUAGCUUGAGGAGUCUGAAUCUGUCUCGUAAUAGUCUUACCGGUUUGGUUCCGAGCAGUUUUGGUGAUUUGUUGAAUCUUUCUGAGCUUGAUCUCUCUAGGAACACACUCACUGGAGCUCUUCCUCCAUCUUUCAGCUUGUUGUUGAACCUGACAACUCUUGAUGUUUCUACUAAUUACCUCACUGGUCCGAUUCCUCCUGGUGUUGGAUUUCUAUCGAAGCUUCUCUAUCUGAAUUUCUCCAGCAAUAGCUUCUCUUCUUUGAUUCCUCCGCAGCUCGGUGAUCUUGUCAAUCUUGUUGACCUUGAUCUCAGCAUCAACUCAUUGUCUGGUUCAGUUCCUAAAGAGUUUAGAAAGUUAUCGAAUCUGCAGAAGAUGGUGAUUAGUGAUAACCUUUUGAGUGGAACUCUACCAGCUGAUUUGUUUGCUUCUAGUAGCCAACUUCAGAGUUUAGUUCUGAGAGAAAAUGGUUUCUCUGGUGAUCUACCUGAUGCAUAUUGGUCUUUGCCUAAGUUACGGAUCCUAGACGUUGCUAAGAACAACUUCACAGGAAUGCUACCAAACUCUAGCUCUGGCAUGAACCAGAUCGAUGCAGUGGUGGACAUCUCCUCGAACAUGUUCUACGGUGAGCUCACACGGAUUCUCACAAGGUUCAGUACCAUGGACCUCUCUGGUAAUUACUUUGAAGGUAAGGUUCCAGAUUAUGUGCUCAGAGCAAACGCCUCUCUUACCAGGAACUGUCUGCAAAAUGAGAAGACGCAGAAGUCUUCAGAAGAUUGUUCGUCGUUUUAUACAGCUAAAGGACUAUACUUUGAUGAUUUCGGACGUCCCAACACCACACAACCUACUUCGGAAAAGGCUUCUUCAGGGAUAAGCCACAGGACUGUAAUUAUAUUAGCAUCAGUUGGUGGAGGAAUUGGUUUUAUUCUGAUUUUCGUUCUCUUGCCUAUUCUUGUGGCUCUAUGGAUGCGUCGAAGAGGCAGAGCUGCUCAAAGAGGGGAUAAUGAUAGGCCUAAACCUGUAACGGAAGCUUCUCAGCCACCUAAAGGAGCACAAACUUUUGACUUGUCACGUCUAGGCAAUGCGUUUGGGUAUGAGCAGCUUCUCCAAGCAACAGAGGAGUUCAAUGAAGCCAAUCUGAUCAAACAUGGCCAUUCCGGGAGUUUGUUCCGUGGUUUCUUGGAUAAUGGAACACCCAUUGUUAUAAAAAAGAUCGAUAUGAAGGAAAGAAAGAAUGAAGGGUAUAUAUCAGAGCUUGAGGUGUUAAGUAAAGUCGGACACCAGAGGUUUGUUCCUUUUCUUGGACACUGCUUGGAGAAUGAGAGCCAGAAGCUUCUGGUGUACAAGUAUAUGAGGAACGGAGAUUUGGCUAGUUCGUUGUUUAGGAAGUCAGAUAACGAAGGCGAUGGAUUGAAGUCUUUGGAUUGGAUAACGAGGUUGAAGAUUGCACUUGGUGCAGCCGAGGGACUAGCUUAUUUGCAUCACGAGUGUUCGCCACCUCUAGUUCACAGGGAUGUACAAGCGAGUAGCAUACUUCUUGACGAUAAAUUUGAGGUACGUCUCGGAAGCCUAAGCGAGGUAUAUGCUCAAGGUGAUGUUUAUCAAAGCAGGAUUUCUCGUUUACUUCGGUUACCACAAUCGACUGAAGCAUCCUCUUCAGGUGCAGAAAAUGCAACAUGUGCCUAUGAUGUCUACUGCUUUGGCAAAGUGUUACUUGAGCUAGUCACGGGGAAGCUCGGGAUCAGCUCACCAGAUAAUGCAGAAGCAAAAGCAUACAUGGAAGAAGCUUUGCGAUACAUCAGCACAAACGAGAAGGAACUAGUGACCAAGAUCAUAGACCCAUCAUUAAUGGUGGACGAGGAUCUUCUAGAAGAAGUAUGGGCAAUGGCUAUCAUAGCAAAGUCAUGCCUAAACCCGAAACCAACACGACGGCCAUUAAUGAGACACAUUGUGAACGCUCUUGAGAAUCCAUUGAAAGUAGUGAGACAGGAUAACAACUCUGGCUCAGGCUCUUCACGGUUGAGAACGAACUCGUCUAGGGGUUCUUGGAACGCUGCUAUAUUUGGGAGCUGGAGGCAGAGCGCGUCGGAUGUAACAGCUGUUCAAGCUGGAGGAACAACAAGUGGUGGUGGUAAUGGAAACUCGGGGUCGCAAGGGAGUAGUGGAAGGAACAAUAACAAUGGGAACUCAUCGUCGAGAAGACGGCAGUCUAGUGAGAUUGUGCCUGAACCUUACGGGGAGAGCUAGAUGAUAGCAUUUUAUGAUUCGUUCAUCGAUUCUUUGUGUUGAUAAUAACCAGAGGCACAGUCCUCACAGGUUGCAUUAUGUUAGAAGGGAGAAUAUGGGUUUAUUUUUUUCAUUUUAUUUAUAGAUUUAUCAUUAUUUCUUCUCUCUUUACUGUAUUUUUUUAAAAUUUAUUUUUCUUUUUAAAUUUGGAUUAUUAUUUUUUAAAUAAUUAUUAUUGUAAAUUGUAAUUUUUGGAGGAUGGGUUUUCUCGGGUCUUUCUUAUUGAAUACCGGGAAAAAAAAGGUGAACGUUGGUGUCG